AUGGCAGAAACCAUAUGGUCCUUGGCCCGUCAUCAUUUGUGUCCAUACUUAAUAGAAGUUGCCAAUAUGAUCAAGGGUGUCCCCAAAGAUGUUGAAGACAUGAAAAAGGAACUAGAAAAGAUUCAAGACAUCAUUCAUAAUGCAGAUAGAGUGGCGGCAGCUGGAGAAAACACCACACAAGAAGAAAUCAAAGCAAAGGUGAAGCUGCUGAUAGAAGCAUAUUUUCGCAUGGAAGAUGUAAUUGAUGAAUACAUGAUCCAUGAGGAACAAGAUCAGCCUCAUGAUCCUGUAUGUGCAGCUUUACCCUGUGAGCCCGCUGACUACUUCAUCAAAACUAUCAUCCUUCGUCUUCAGAUAGCAUAUAAGAUUCAAGGCGUUAAAUCACGAGUUCGUGCAUUCAACAAAAGCAGUGAAAGUAAGAGUGACUUCCACAUCCAACCUUUUCUGGAACAAGUACCAAGCAGCUCUACAGGAAAUCAAAACAUGCAUUGGAAGAAUCUUCGAGAGGCUCCACUUUACAUGGAGGAGGACGAAAUUGUGGGCUUUGAAGCACCUAAAGAUGAAUUGAUUGGUUGGUUAGUAAAGGGAAGAGAAGAGCGCACUGUCAUCUGUGUGGUAGGAAUGGGAGGGCUGGGAAAGACCACUCUUGCCAAGAAAGUUUUUGAUAACAAAGAGGUGAUUGGACACUUUGAUUGCCAUGCAUGGACCACGGUGUCUCAAUCCUAUACUGUAGAUGGCGUGCUGAGGGACAUGUUGCAGAAGUUUUACAAACAAAGAAACACGAAUCUUCCUGAGGAAAUUUCUAAAAUGGAUCGAAAGGCAUUGAUAGAUGAAGUGAGAACCUUCUUGCAACAAAAGAGGUACGUUGUUAUCUUUGAUGAUGUGUGGGAUGAACAGUUUUGGAAUGACAUUGAAUGUGCUGUGAUCAAUAAAAAAACUAAGAGUAGAAUAAUUAUCACAACUAGGCACAUGAAAGUUGCGGAGUCUUGUAAAAAAUCUUCUUUUGUUAAAAUACAUGAAUUAAAACCCCUAUCUCCAGAAAAGUCAUGGCAACUCUUCUGCAAGAAGGCAUUCCAAUUUGAAUUCAAUGGGAAUUGUCCGGCAGAAUUAGAGCACAUAUCUUCUCAGAUUGUUGAAAAAUGUAAUGGUUUACCACUAGCCUUAGUGGUCAUUGCUGGUCUUUUCUCUUCCAAAGGUAAGACUAGUGUUGAUGAGUGGGAAGAGUUUGGUAAAAAUCUAAAUUUAGAGCUGCAGAGAGAUAAACAAUUAGGUAGUAUAACAAAGAUUUUGAUGUUCAGUUAUAAUGAUUUUGAAAUUAAAUCGAAAAGACUUAUUCGACAAUGGAUAGCUGAAGGGUUUGUAAAAUAUAAGGAGGGGAAAACAUUGGAGAAGGUUGCAGAAGGAUAUUUAAAAGAGUUGACUGAUAGAAGUUUGGUGCAAGCAUCUUCACUUACAAUUGAUGGGAAAGUUAGAAGUUGCCGUGUUCAUGACCUCACACGUGAGAUGAUCCUUCGAAAAUGUGAGGAUUUGAGAUUCUGUCAUCAUGUACGCGAUAAGUCAACAUUAAGUGGGAUAACACGACGCCUAUCCGUAGCAGCGAGUUUCAAUGAUUUAAUGAGUAUUAGUGAAAGUUCAAUUCGAUCAGUUUUCGCUUUCACAUAUCUAGUUUCUGAACAACAUGUGAGAAGAAUACCUACCUUAUACAUGUUAUUGAAGGUACUUGAUUUUGAAUACGUUGGGUUGAGUUAUAUUCCUGAAAAUUUGGGGAAUUUGAUCCACUUGAAGUAUUUAAGCAUCGGGCCUAAAUUGAUAAGAAGUAUUCCAAAAUCAAUUGCUAUGUUGCAGAACUUGGAGACCUUGAUUUUAAGGGGAGCAUUCAAAGUUGAGAUGCCACAAGAGAUUAGCAAGCUUAGAAAGCUACGACAUUUUCAAGCCCUCUAUAUGUCUUUGAGUCAAUUGAAGCAUAGUAUAGGAGGCAUGACAUCCCUACAAACGCUAACUGUUGUGAAAAUAAAUAAGGAUGGAGUAGAGCUAAUUAGAGAGCUUGGAAGGCUAACACAAAUGAGGAAGUUGAGUUUGGUUGGAGUAAGGGAUUAUCAGGAAACCACUCUAUGUUCCUCAAUAAGUAAGAUGCAAUACUUGGAAAGCCUACGUGUGGGGUUAAAAUAUGGAGAUGACACCUUAAAUUGGCAGUUUAAUUCACCCCUACCAAUGCUUAGGAAGCUUAGCCUAUUGUCACUCUCUGAAAGAUUACCAGAAUGGAUUGCAAAGCAUCAAAAGCUUGUUAAGUUGACCUUGAAAUGUCCCCUGUCAACUGAGGAUCCAAUGAAAUCACUGAAAGAUAUGCCAUAUUUGUUGUACCUUGAGCUUGACUUUUAUAAAGGUGUAAGCUUGCAUUUUGAAGAUGGAGGAUUUAAGGAACUAAAGGAACUAAUGCUCUCCAAUAUGGAUAACUUGAAUUCCAUCUGUAUUGACAAAGUAGCACUGCGAUCUCUCAAAUCCCUCACAUUAAGUUCUAUCCCUAAACUUGAGGUUGUACCCUCUGGCAUCCAACACUUGAACGAACUUGAAGUUUUCAAAGUAACAGGGAUGUCAGAAGAAUUUAAGCAAACAUUGCUCCAGUUGAAGGACCAGGGCACCCUGCCAUCAAGAUCAUUUCCAGUUGAUGAGUCUGACCUGUCCCUAAAGAAGUUGGAUGAAUAUCAGUGCUUCAACUUUAAGGACUUCAAACUGAAAAGGCUGAAGCAGAAGCCAAAGGAUUUAAAAGCCAGCCGGAUGAAAGAUAUUGCUUUCAAGAAGCAACAGCUUAAAAAAAUAUAUGCCAUGCCCAUAUAG